AUGUACAAUCAUCACACAACCCGUCGGCAGAGCUCCUGUUGUAUGGCCGUGUCUGCACUACAGUCUGCUCUUCUGGUUGUGUACUAUUGGCUGUUAAGGCCAUGUUCCAGCUUGUACCAUGGUUGGCACUGGCACAGCACAGACUGUUGUGUGAUGACUGAUGUGAAGUAUCAGGAUCUCCAGGGUGACAUCCCACGCUCUGUUUACAUGCCUCUGCUCAUUCCCUCCCUCCAUGUUAGGAGUCACAGCCCUCAGCUUGCUGCUUGCUGUCACGGCUCGCUGUCUGCCAGUGAACGCGGCCCUGUGGGCAUUCCCGCCGACACCUAACCUGUUUUACGACAAUCCAGAUUCCAAUGCGCAGGUGCUGGGGCUGCUCGUGGCUGCGAGUCUUGUCAUCUUACAUCUCAGACUGAUCCUGUGACUGUCACACUGCGCAGGUCCUUCAAGAAGAGGAUCCCUGCUGCGUGAACAAGUGGAUGAGACUGGGUGUGUCUAUCAGUUGGAGCACCCGUUCCAUAUACAAUAAACAGAUUUGUGAAAUUGGUGUAAUCAUGAAUCCGCCAUUCAAUAUCGGAUUUUCAGAUCACGUGAUGAAUUUCCACCCGGAAGAACAAUUCCCACAGUUCUCUGCUCCCCCAGGUUUUCAUCAUGUGACACAUGGACCUGAGAACAUGAUUCUGAGUGUACCUACCCCUCCUAGUGUUUUUGCCCCCACUACUCCCAGCGUUUUUGCCCCUGCAUCUCUUGAAUCUAGUUCAUCAUGGACACAAGCGGCGGCUCCCUAUGGAUUCAUCACUAAUAACUGGAUGGAGGAGCAACAGUCAUGGUUUCCUCAGCCACCAACGCCUUAUCUUAGCAGUGAGGAAACAGAGGAGGAAACUCAGACUCUGCCGAUCACCAUAGGCUUUAGGAUUGGAUUUGAGAAUUAUGGAGACUUGGACGAUCCGACAGUCCAUUACCAUCACAUCGACAGUGGCGGAGUGCACGUUCCAGCAAGGAGCCUUGUGAGGAGCCACACACUGGACGCCAGCACUUGGCCAUGGGAUCACCUGUACAUGGACAGAAAUGAGAUGAGACACCACUCCUUAUAUGACUCUCACAUCACGGCUCCACAGUAUCACGGAUACAGUAGCGAGACUCAGACGAUUGAUUGGAGAAUAAAACUGCAGGAGAUACCAGUAAAAAAGAAGCCAGAGGCUGCGGCAUUCUCCGAUGCUGUUUGGCGUAUAAGGCAGAAGUACUGUGCCUAUGAUCAGUCCACCAACUCCGGAAGAUUGUGGAGCGUGGCUGUUCCCUUCCCAGAUGACAUCAAGGACUCAGAAGUAGAAAUAUUCUUUGUUGGUGACAGUCUCCAUGAUGAACUUCACACCCUGCAGAGAGACUCUGUACGGAUCAAAGAUUUAGUCGCUGAAGUUUUGCACCAGAUUGAGCACCCUGCACGGCCUGCGCUGGCAACGUCUCCACCUGCUUCUCUGUACCCUCUCCUACAUGCACCGUCACAUGACCUAUAUCCUCAUCCACAUAAUUUGCACUCUGUGCCAUCGCAGUCACUGUAUCCCUCACUUCAGCUGCCUGUGCAACAGGUUACACCAGGAGAGAAGGCGGAGCCUGUGUCGGGUAUCUGUUACCUGAGCAUCUGCGGCAUCGAUGAGUACUUACAGCUAGCUUACAGUCUACGGAGUCACACAGCCCUGCAGAGAGAGCGCAGUGUUCGUCUCAGGCUCCAUAUUGGAGGAAACCCCCAGCCCCUACUGGGACGCACGAUUGAAGACGAUCAGAUGGAGUUGAGUCUCUGUGACCGAUUUGAGCACGCUCAGUACUGGCAGGAAAUGAAAAAACGUCUGUUUGGUGCUGUCUCUCACUAUGAAGACCAAGUGCAAUAUUUCCUUCAUAAUCAGUCUGCAGGUGUCAGCCAAAUCCUAGAAGCUGUGAAGGAAAUCUGUUACCUCCUCCGCUCUGUGGAGACCCAGGAAAUCAGCCUCGCCGUCCAGAAUCUGGGCCUGACCUUACAGCAGCCGUCCAUGAACUGGGCACAAUUCCCACAGGUGGCGGAUCCUAUGCAGCUCGCCUUGAUGGAGCUCUCUAAGGUUGUCUCUGGGCUCCUUGGCAUCUACAGCCAUAGUUUCCACACAGAUUUCACAGCUGAACUCAACAGAAUGAACUGCAGAAUGAAGACCAAAUCAACGUUCCUCAGUUUCCACUUAUAUGCUGUGCACAAUCUGCCUGAGAAUUGGAUGAAAAGUGAUAGCUCCUUCUACAUUUCAUGCUCAGUAAUUUAUGCUGGGAGGAAGAUCUGUCCAGAAGUGAAAUCCAGCCAUGUUGCUGCCUCCAAGUCUUUCUUCUUGAGGGCAGUAUGGGAUGAAAUGAUCAGGUUCCAGGUGCCCACGUCAUCCUUGCCCUAUGAGUCGAUGUUGGUGCUGAGACUGUGUGCAGUGAGCCAAACAACACCUUCUGGCUCUUUCAUUGCUUGGUCUUGCCUUCCCCUAUAUUAUAUGAUCAGGUUCCAGGUGCCCACGUCAUCCUUGCCCUAUGAGUCGAUGUUGGUGCUGAGACUGUGUGCAGUGAGCCAAACAACACCUUCUGGCUCUUUCAUUGCUUGGUCUUGCCUUCCCCUAUAUUAUAACCAGCAGAUUGUACAGGGUGAGCUGCUGCUAAAUAUGAUUUCCCACUCUGAGCCCCCCGCAGUCAUCACCCCUGGAGCCUUCGAUGUCUCCCUUCCGACUCUACUAACUGUGCAGGUUGAUUUUCCGGAUUCUGAACACGUAUUUCAGAGGCCGACUGCUGAGGAGACACUGUAUGAUGCAGGCGCUGAGAACUUGGUGCAGCCGCUCCAGUGUCUGGCACAUCGCAGCUCUGUGCUUCUGCUUUCAGAGGUGGACAAGCAGUGUCUCUGGUAUUACCGCCAAUGCCGCCAGAAGCCCGCCAACAUCCUCCCUCUGAUCCUUGGCAGCACUCCCAGCUGGGACCCGGCUUCUGUAUCCGCCAUGUACCGUGUCCUGGAUGACUGGACGUUUUCAGGCCCCCUGGAGGCUUUGGGCCUGUUGAGUGCCUGCUUUGCAGAUGAGAAGGUCCGCUCCAUGGCAUGCCAACAGCUGGAGAGGCUGUCAAGUGAUGAACUAUUGAUGUUCCUUCCUCAGCUUGUCCAGGCAGUGAAAUUCGAGUGGCAUCUGGACAACGCUCUGGUGCGGCUUCUUCUCGACCGAUCUCUGCAGAGCAUUCGGGUGGCACACAGGUUGUACUGGCUGCUAACAGAUGCAUCCACUGAAUCUCAUUACCGUUUUUUGUAUCAGCGACUCCUGGAUGCCGUUGAGCAAUGUGUUGGCCGAGCCCUGAACGACCAGUUCUCCAGACAACAGCGACUCAUGAAAAUCCUUAAGGAUGUCGCAGAGAAAGUGAAGAAUUCUCCAGAGGACAAAAGACAGGAAGCUCUGAAGCUCGGACUCAAUGACAUUGACAGGUUUUUUGAAGAAGUUGGAGUUUGUCGCCUUCCCCUGGACCCUGGGAUUGUUGUGAAAGGAAUUGACCGAGAUUUGUGCUCUUUCUUCAAAUCCAAUGCCAAACCUCUGAAAAUCUCCUUAAUCAACGCUGAUCAGCAGGGGCCGAACAUUCACAUCAUGUUUAAGACGGGGGACGACAUGAGGCAGGACAUGCUUGUCCUUCAGCUUGUAGAACUCAUGGACAGAAUUUGGCUUCAUGAGGGAUUAGAUCUGCGAAUGAUCACCUACAAGUGUGUGUCGAUCGGCCACAAACAAGGUUUGGUUCAUUUGGUUCCAGAUUCUAUUACUCUGGCCAAAAUCCAGAACAAGACCGGCCUGUUAGGACCUUUAAAGGACUCGUCAAUGAAGAAGUGGUUCUACAACAACAAGAUGGCUUCUGACAACUUCUUGUGCUCCUGUGCUGGUUGGUGCGUCAUCACGUUCCUCCUGGGUGUCUGCGACCGUCACAAUGACAACAUCAUGCUUACCAGCUCUGGUCACAUGUUUCAUAUUGACUUUGGGAAGUUUAUGGGUAAUGCACAGAAGUUUGGAAAAAUUAAGAGAGAUAGGGCGCCAUUCAUAUUCACCACAGAGAUGGAGUCUUUCAUCACUGAAGAAGGUAAACGACCAGAACGCGCUCAGGAGUUUGCAGAGCUCUGCUGCUGCGCAUACAACAUUAUCCGGAGAUACAGUUACCUGAUUAUCACCCUCCUGGAGCUGAUGCUGCAGGCCGGCCUACCGGAGCUGUGCACGGUGGAAGAUCUGAAGUAUGUCCACAAUAAGCUGCGCCCGUAUGACUCUGAUGUAGAAGCAGCCAAUUAUUUUACCAGCAAAAUCAAAGAGAGUCUGGAGAGUCCAUCAGUGAAGCUGAACUUCCUGAUUCAUGCAUUUGCGAACAUGACGCCAUCCGAUCUAAGCAGAAUGAGCGAAGAGAUGACCCCAUCCCUCACCAAGUUUAUCAAGAGAGCAGCAGUGAAGGGAAUGCAGAAGGUGCAAAGGGCGAGUGGAAGGAUUCUGAGUGAGCUUGGAGUGCUCAGUGGCACUGAGCCAACGGGCACAAGAGAUUCUGGACGGAUGGUUCAGCUUAAUGUUUCAUUCUCUGCCCCAAAGCUCCGCAUUCUUCUAAAACACCUGAGGAAUAUUUAUAUGCCAGAUGGGUCAGAGCCCACUGCCAGUGUCACCAUCUUGCUACAUUCUGGAAUGUGGGAAAUCUCCAGGCAGAAAAUCAGUUCACUGUCAAGAACUUGUGCUCCUGUCUUUAACCAUCUGGUGGAGUUAUCUGUCCCGCAGCUGGACGGUUACAUCCUGAGGAUCCUUGUGAACAGUAAUGGAACUUUCCUCGGACAACUCAGCCUCCCCCUAAGCACCAUCCGACUACAUGAAGACAUCUGGUACCGCCUAGGAGUGUGAGCUGCGGUUUUACAGGAGCUGGGAAUAAUAUAGGACAGUGAUGGCGAACCUUUGAGAGGCCGAGUGCCCAAACUGCAACCCAAAACCCACAUAUUUAUUGCAAAGUGCCAAUGUAACCUGAAUACUACAGUCCACUAUAGUAUAUCUUCCAUGUACUUUAUCAUUUAGCUAUCAUAGCCUGCCCACAUUCAGUGCAUUGCCUGUGCUGUUCAUAGUGCGCCCUGCGCUGAUGAAGGGCAGGAAGAGUCUAAGGCAUAUUGGUACACCAUAGACUGUUUCCAGGGCGUGGGUGCCCACAGAGAGGGCUCCGAGUGCCGCCUCUGGCACCCGUGCCAUAGGUUCGCCACCACUGAUAUAGGACAAUACAGUUUAUAGGUUCAUGGGGAAAUGGAGUUAUGUUGAUUGAAACCCCAAGAAAAUGCCCAACACUAGUUCUUUUGCAGGCCAACUAAAAGCCCAGAGUGAACAAUGACCGGUGCUUUCCAGAAAUUACAUCUAGAAUUACGCCUUUGGUGAUUGAUUAUGUCAUGUAUACUCCCACUUUUCAGGGAUUAUGUCAUGUUAACACUCUCCAGGGAUUCUGUCACGUAAAAUGGCGCUUUCUGGGAAUGCCGGCACGUAAACGGUGGCUCUUCAGGGAUUACUUGUGAUAAAUGGCCACUCUCCUGGAUUACAUGUGAUAAACGCCUUCUCUCCAGGGAUUACUUGUGAUAAAUGGCCUCUCCUGGAUUACUUGUGAUAAGCGCCUGCUCUCCAGGGAUUACUUGUGAUAAAUGGCCUCUCUCCUGGAUUACAGGUGAUAAACGGCUGCUUUCUAGAGAUUACUUUUGAUAAAUGGCCACUUUUCUGGAUUUCAUCUGAUAAACGUCUGUUUUCCAGGGAUUACUUGUGAUAAAUGGCCACUCUCCUGGAUUGCAUGUGAUAAAUGGCUGCUCUCCAGGGAUUACUUGUGAUAAAUGGCCACUCUCCUGGAUUGCAUGUGAUAAAUGGCUGCUCUCCAGGGAUUACUUGUGAUAAAUGGCCACUCUCCUGGAUUGCAUGUGAUAAAUGGCUGCUCUCCAGGGAUUACUUGUGAUAAAUGGCCACUCUCCUGGAUUGCAUGUAAUAAAUGGCUGCUCUCCAGGGAUUACUUGUGAUAAAUGGCCACUCUCCUGGAUUGCAUGUGAUAAAUGGCUGCUCUCCAGGGAUUACUU